AUGAAUGGGAGCGCGGACACCGCAUCCCCUAAACUGUCGCGCAGGACAUCGAAUGCGGGCGCAGCCGCCGAGGCUGAGAACCGGUUCAAGUCCUUUCGAGUGCGCACCAUCUCCACCAUCGUGCUCAUCGGCACCUUCAUCGGCAUCAUUGCUGCCGGCCAUGUUCCCCUCAUGUUUAUGAUCCUAGGCAUCCAGUUUCUCAUGGUGAGGGAAGUGUUCGCGCUGGCCCGGGUCAGGCAGCAGGAGAAGAAGGUGCCAGGUUUCAGAGCACAGCAAUGGUUCAUCAAGAAGAACCUGACCAUCGAGCUCACCUCCUCAGCGCGCACUGCCGCAAUGUUUGGCUGGCUCCUCCGCCACCACACCAUCAUGUCCUUCUCGCUCUACACAGCCGGCUUCGUGCUCUUUGUGCUGACGCUGAAGAAGGGCAUGUACACCUACCAGUUUGGGCAGUACGCUUGGACGCACAUGAUUCUCAUGACCAUCUUCUUCCCUUCCUCCUUCUUCGUGUCCAACAUCUUUGAAGGGCUCAUCUGGUUCCUGCUGCCGGCCGCCCUGGUCAUCAUCAAUGACAUUGCAGCCUAUCUAGCUGGCUUCUUCUUUGGCAGGACUCCCCUCAUCCAGCUGUCCCCAAAGAAGACAUGGGAAGGCUUUGUUGGCGGCCUCAUUGGCACGACUGUGGCGUCCUGGUACCUGGCAGGCUUUCUGUCCCGCUUUGACUGGUUCGUCUGCCCUCGCACGGAUCUGUCCAUCAUCCAGCCGCUCGACUGUGCAGCCACUCCCAGCAUAUAUUCCCCUCAAACGUUUUACCUCACAGACAUCCUGACGCUGCUCCCCGCGGAGGCCUCCGACGCGCUCAUGACCCUGUUCGACCGGCUGGACCCUGGGUGGCAGGCGCUGGCGCGCGGCGCCUCCCUCACGUGCCUGCCCAUGCAGCUGCACGCAGUGGUGCUGGCAACCUUUGCCUCGCUCAUCGCGCCGUUUGGCGGCUUCUUCGCCUCCGGCUUCAAGCGCGGCUUCAAGAUCAAGGACUUUGGCGACAGCAUCCCCGGCCACGGCGGCAUGACCGACCGCAUGGACUGCCAGGUGGUCAUGGCCGUCUUCUCCUACGUCUACUUCACCUCCUAUGUCGCGCCCACGGGGCCCAGCGUCGGCUCCGUCCUCUCCGCCGCAGUCCGGCUCACGCCCCUGGAGCAGCUGGACCUCUUCAGCCGCAUGGCCAAUGUGCUGGUGGGUGCCAAAGUCCUGCCCUCCGCCAUCGGGGAGACGAUCGCCACGCAUGCGCGGCGAAGGCUACCGCCCGCGCAGUCAACCUGA